CAGUUCAAUAUCUGGCAUUUUUCAAUUUCUAUCGAAUUUUCCCUGUGGGCUGAUCUUAGGCUGACUAAGUUCUCCAAAACUACUAACACGCUAAACCAAAUUCCGUUAACCUUCCCCUCCAAAGAAUUUUCCCACUAUCUCCCUUCAUCAGAAACCAUAUCCCACAAACUUAUCCCACAUACAACACAACACACCAUUUAUCUAAUUUCAUAUCAAACCCAAUCGUCAAUAUGAUUAUCUAUAAAGUAAGUUCUGAUUUAAUUUCUAUCUUCUAAUACGUCGGCAGAAUAUUCCGAAAGUUCGAAAUUCGUUCCAUUGUAUGGAGUGGAAGUUUACGAGAAAGAAAUCGAGAGAGAUGAUGAAUGAAAACUAAUUUUUGAACUUUUAUAGGACAUUAUCAGCGGUGAUGAGAUCAUCUCUGACUCAUACGACUUGAAGGAGGUUGAUGGUGUUGUUUACGAAAUCGACUGCAGCAUGAUCACUGUUGGCGCUGUCAGCGUCGGUACGUUCCAAAAUUACCCCGCCUGAAUUCGAUCGAGUCUUCGAGACAAUUUACAACCAAGAAAGAAUAACGAUCUAACAACAUUGGGUUACAGAUACUGGUGCCAACGCCUCCGCUGAAGAAGCUGAAGAGGGCGUCGAAGAUGGAGAACAAAAAGUCAACGACAUUGUUUCAUCUUUCCGUCUCAACUCUACCUCUUUUGAUAAGAAAUCUUAUCUCAGCCAUCUUAAGGGUAUGUCCCUUACUCUUAUGUAUCAGCAAAAGCAUCGAGACUAAUAUUAAUGUAUAGGAUACAUGAAGACUGUUAAGGAGAAGUUGAAGGUAGGAGGUGCUUCCGAAGAGGAGGUUACCAAAUUCGAGAAGGGUGCCGCUGCAUACGCAAAGAAGAUUGUUGGUGGUUUCAAGGAUUACGAUUUCUAUGUUGGUGAAUCUAUGGAUCCUGAUGGAAUGUAUGUUUUUCCUUUCUUCUUUCUAUACGUCAUAGACGAAAUCAUAUACUUACAUAUUUUGAUAGGGUCGUUCUCAUGAACUACCGUGAGGAUGGUGUUACUCCAUUCGUCACCGUCUGGAAGCAUGGUCUUUCCGAGAUGAAGGUUUAAGGGAAUGCAUGUUAGGGAUGUUGGGUAAAGGAAUAAAACACGCGCUUUGGUGUAAUCCACCAUAUGGACUCGCAUCGUCCGACUCGAUUUUUGAGAACUGAAUGCUAUCUACAAUAUCAAAAUACAAUGCAUCUAAAUGAAAUGAGAUGUUUCAUAUGAAAUUUUAGGUGAAGGU